CAGCAGUUUUCCUUUGUACUUUAAUCUCUCUCUUUCUCUCUCUCUCACUCUCCAAAAUUUGCAGCAUCCAUUUGUAGCUCCCAGAGAUUGUGAAACAAAGAGAGAGAGAAAACAAGAGAAAUCUCGGAUUUUGCGCUGAAGAUCAGUAGCCGCUUCGAGAGGAGGUUCAAAGGUGACACCUUUCCCCUUUCUUUCCUCUCAAAAUCGUUCCUUUUCCAGCUGCAGAAACCCAAAAUUGGAUCUUCACCUGCUCCCCGCACGGUGCUCGUCACGGGGCCUCCCUGCUUACCAAAUCGCCGGAAGAGGUGGGCGCGACUUGAAAUUGAGCUAUUCGGUUUAAAACUGGGGUUUUGGGUUUCUGCCUCAAAAGGCUCGGGUUCGUUUCCUUACUACCCCCGCGUAUUUCUGAGAUGGGCGUCAAAAAUCACGAAUUGGGAUUCGUUUUCUUGCCGAUCGCGUGCCUGAUUUGUGCCUGUGACGCCUUCACCCCUGCUGACAACUACCUGAUAGACUGCGGUUCUUCGACGAACGUGACCGUUGCCGGUCGAACUUUCGCGGCUGAUUCGUCCGCUUACGCCACCGUGACAACCAAAAACUCCACCUUCGCCAAUGCCAGCUCGAACUCGGUCUCGUCCUUCACCCGCCUCGACCCGCCGGAGCUCUACCAAACCGCCCGCGUCUUCGUCGGCCCCUCGUCCUAUUCGUUCUCCAUCCAGGAACCCGGUCGCCAUUUCGUCCGCCUCUACUUCUUCCCUUUCCAAUCCAAAUCCUUCAACCUCACGAACUCCACGUUCUCGGUCACGACCCAGGGCGCCCUCCUCCUCAACGAUUUCCAGCCGUCCCCGACCGCGGUUCUCAAGGAGUUCUUGCUGAACGUUACGGAUAGCGACCUCAUCGUAUCCUUCGUUCCGUCGGAAUCCUCCACCGUUUCCUUCGUCAACGCGUUGGAGGUCGUUUCGGUCCCCGACGACCUGAUUCCUGAUUCCGUUCAAGCGAUCAACCCCGUGGGAAACGGAAGCGCGAGUGGAAACUACAAGGGUUUGUUAGAGAAAACAUUGGAGACCGUUUAUAGAAUCAACAUGGGGGGCCCUAAAGUUUUUCCCAACAACGAUACUCUUUCGAGAACUUGGUUUCAGGAUGAGAAGUUCCUUCUUGAUCCGAAUCUAUCGCAAUCCAAAUCCUUCUCGGGUCAGAUCAGUUAUAUGCAAGGAGUGACACGGGAAGACGCACCUGAUAUCGUUUAUGCUACUUGUACAGAAUUGGCACCGACCAACGCGUCGACUGACAAUGCUAUCUUCAACGUGACGUGGAAAUUUGAUGUUGAUGCUAGUUCUUUAUACUUUGUGAGAAUGCAUUUCUGUGAUAUAGUUAGUAUAGCAGCGCAUAAUCUCCUGUUUGAUGUUUACAUUGGAACCCAAUCUGCGUUGAACGAUUUUGAUAUCUCCAGUUUGACAUUAGGCUCCCUCGCCACCGCAGUUUACCAAGAUUUUGUUGUACCGACUUCUGAAGGGACUACUAAACUUACAGUUAGUAUUGGCCCUUCAAUUGAUACUAGUUCUGAGCCUGAUGGAAUUUUAAAUGGGCUUGAGAUUAUGAAGGUCAUGAAUAGCUCUGGUGCCUUUAUUGUCGUUGCUUCUUCUGGAUCAAAGAGUAAUCUUGGUAUCAUAUUGGGUGCUGUUUUUGGUGCAAUAGCUGCGCUAAUUCUAGUUGUUGUCGCAAUUUUGCUUAUCAGAAGAAGGAAAAUUGCAACAAAGCAACAUUCGAAGACUUGGGUUCCUUUCUCGGUUAACGGUAUGACUACAAACAGUGUAGGCAGUAGAGUAUCCAAUGGAACAACUGCUACAUCAGGUCAAAAUGCGAAUCUUGGCUAUCGAUUCUCCUUCACUGUGAUACAAGAAGCUACUAAUAAUUUUGAUGAAAAUUGGGUGAUUGGAGUUGGAGGUUUUGGCAAAGUUUAUAAAGGAGUUCUAAGAGAUGACACCAAAGUUGCAGUGAAACGAGGAAACCCAAAAUCUCAACAAGGCCUCAAUGAGUUCCGUACUGAAAUCGAGCUUCUCUCUAGAUUGCGCCAUCGACAUUUAGUUUCCCUUAUCGGGUUUUGUGAUGAAGGGAACGAGAUGAUUCUUGUGUAUGAAUACAUGGAGAAAGGAUCUCUCAAGAGCCAUUUAUAUAACUCUGACCUCCCUAAUCUCAGUUGGAAGCAAAGACUUGAGAUUUGCAUUGGAUCUGCAAGAGGGCUUCAUUACCUCCACACAGGCUCAGCAAAAGCCAUCAUUCAUCGAGAUGUCAAGUCUGCAAACAUUCUCCUUGACGAGACUCUCUUGGCAAAAGUCGCUGAUUUUGGUUUAUCAAAGACUGGGCCUGAGCUCGAUCAGACCCAUGUAAGCACUGCGGUCAAAGGAAGCUUUGGAUAUCUCGAUCCUGAGUACUUCAGAAGACAACAGUUAACUGAUAAAUCUGAUGUUUACUCUUUUGGUGUUGUAUUGCUUGAAGUUCUUUGCGCAAGACCGGUGAUUGAUCCUACACUACCGAGAGAGAUGGUGAAUUUGGCUGAAUGGGGCAUGAAGUGGCUCAAGAGAGGAGAAUUGGAUCAAAUUGUGGAUGCUCGAAUUGCUGGAAGUAUAAAGCCCGAUUCUUUGAGGAAAUUUGGGGAGACUGUCGAAAAAUGCUUGGCUGAUUAUGGAGUUGAGAGGCCAACAAUGGGGGAUGUACUGUGGAACUUGGAGUAUGCGUUGCAACUUCAAGAGGUGGACUCGAGUGUUUCGGAGGUGAAUAGUAUCAAUAGGAUCGUUGAGCUCUCUUCCCAAGUUGAAAAUAUCGGUACUCUUCAGAGUGUUAGAGUUGAGGGGAAUGUUGAUGGAUCCACGAAUGACGAUCUUUCGGAGAUUUCCAUGAGUAGGGUUUUCUCCCAAUUGAUCAAGUCUGAAGGAAGGUAAGUGUGGUCCGUCUAUGUUACCGUUUGGAAUGGUUUGGUGAAUGAUUUUUUUUACCCAAUUUUUACUUAGUUUUAUGUAAUUAAGCAUGAAAGUUCAAACUCUCUCAGGGUGUAAGUAUCGAGAUUGGUGCUUGUGGUAUGCCUCUUUCAGUAUAUUGUUUGAUACCUUCCAAUUAAGCUAUUUUUGAGGAAA